AAGAACCUCAUUGUUCUACCAGUGUUUUAUAAAGUGGACCCAAGAGAAGUGAGAGAGGGUAGAAAGAGUUAUCAGAGAUCUCUGGCUAGGCACGAGUUUAAGUUCGGGAAGGAUUCUGAGAAAGUGAAGAGAUGGAAGAAAGCUCUUUCCAAUGCUGGGAAUUUGUCCGGGUGGCACUUUAAUGAUGGGGACGAGUCAGAGCUUAUACAAGAAAUUGUGAACAAGAUCUCCACUUACCUAGACCGUCCUUUACAUGUUGCUAAGCAUCCGAUUGGCAUAUAUUCCCGAGUCACUGAGUUGAAAUCAAUGUUAAAACUUGAGUCUAAUGAUGGUGUGCUCAUGGUGGGAUUAUGGGGAAAGGGAGGUAUAGGAAAGACAUGUUUAGCAAAAGCUCUUUACAAUGCCAUGUUCAGAAAAUUUGAGGGUGCAUGUUUUCUGGCAAAUGUUCAAGAAACUUCGAAAGAUAGCGGGGGUUUAGCUACUUUGCAAGAAAAAAUACUAAACAAUAUAUUAUUACCGCCAAAAAGAUUAGAAGUGUCCAAUGUCGAUGAAGGUGUUUAUCUAAUACAACACAGACUUGGUCACAAAAAAGUUCUCCUCAUCCUUGAUGAUGUGGAUUCCUUGCAACAAUUGGAUGCUUUAGGAGGAGAAGGCGACUGUUUUGGUAAUGGAAGUAGGAUCAUCAUUACUACAAGAGAUAAACAAUUGCUAACUUGUUGCCGGAUAGAUGAAGAUCAUGUGUAUGAAGUUAAAGCACUGGAUAAUAGUCAAGCUCAUAAGCUGCUUAGUAAACACGCUUUUCAGACACACCAAAUCAGAACAGAUCUAGUGAAUGGUGCUCUGAAAUAUGCUAAAGGCCUUCCUUUAGCACUUGAAGUGUUGGGUUCCUUAUUAUGUGGCACAACAAAAGAUGUUUGGGAGAGUACAAUAAAAAAACUUUCUAAGAAUCCUGACCAAACCAUAAAUACUGUGCUCAAAGUGAGUUUUGAUGGACUAGAUGAAAAUGAGAAAGAGAUCUUUCUCCACAUUGCUUGCUUUUUUAGGGGGUGGGCAAGAGAGUAUACGAAGAAAGUUCUCGACAAUUGCGAUCUUCAGACAAUCGUAGGAUUUGAUACUCUCAUUAAGAGGUCCUUGAUAAGUAUUGAGUUCGGAAGAUUAGAAAUGCAUGACUUGAUUCAAGCGAUGGGUAUAGAUAUUGUGAACCAAGAAUGUCGAGAUGAUCCCGGAAGACGCAGCAGACUAUGGUUGUAUGAUGAUGUUGUUGAUGUUCUGUCACGUGACAUGGGAGAUUGUGCUGUAAAAGCCAUAGUGUUGGCACUACCUGAGUCAACAGAGAUGCGUAUCAAUCCCGAUGAUUUUACAAAAUUGAGAAGGCUUAGAUUGCUCAUCUUGCACAACGUGCAUAGUUCCUUUCCAGGUCCUAUAUACCUGCCUAAUGAGCUUAGAUGGUUUGAAUGGCCUGGAUGUGCUCACCGGAUUCCAGAAUUUUCCUCGGGUCCAAAGAAAUUAGCGGGACUUGACAUGAGUAAAGCCAAUGUCACAGGAGUUCUAAAACAGUUUAAGGUGAGCCUUACCGACAUAGACCUUAAUUUGUAUAUGUAG